GGUGUCCUUUCAGCAUCUUUGCCCCAGUCUUCAUCCAUUUUCGAUUCUUUCCUCUCUCUCAUUCGUCCCCACUCAUUCAUCUCUCCGCCCACCCUGAACGAACAGCCUCCUCCACCUCCUCCUCCCCUUUUCUCUCACCUCUUGUGUCCUCAUACCAUUUCUCUUGCCUGCAGUGGUCCGCUUGGAUUUCCUCUCACACUGAAUCAUGAUGCAUUCAGGCGCCUUCUGGGGGCUCCUUUUUUUCCUAUGUCUGACUUUGGGAUGGACAAAGGCUCAGCAGACCAAUUACACCAGGCCUGUGUUCCACUGUGGAGGAGACCUGGUCUCAGACUCCGGCUUUGUUGGCAGUGAGGGGUUCCCGAGCUUCUACAAACCCAACAGCAAAUGCACCUGGCGCAUCACAGUUCCUGAAGGAAAUGUGGUCACCCUGUCAUUCCGCAUUUUUGACCUGGAGGCCCAUGCGCAAUGCCUCUACGACUAUGUUGAUGUUUAUAACGGCCAUACCAAUCUGGUGCAAAAACUUGGUCGGUUUUGCGGAACUUUCCGGCCCGGUGCACUGAUUUCUACCACAAACACCAUGAUGCUGGAGAUGGUGACUGACGAAGAGACGCAGAGCAGAGGAUUUGUGGCUUAUUUCAGCGGAACCAAACCUUACGUUAAUGACGACCUGUUCUGUGGGGGAAAGAUGACGAAAUCCCAAGGAGAGAUCAAAACGCCCAACUGGCCCGACAAGAAGUACCCACCAGGAACCAGCUGCUCCUGGCUCAUCACGGUGGAGCCGGACAGAGUAAUAAAGGUGACGUUUGACAAGUUUGUGUUGGAGGCCGACAGCUACUGUCGGUUCGACUAUGUGGCGUUCUUUAACGGUGGAGAGAAAGACGAUUCUCGACUGAUUGGAAAAUACUGCGGCGAUCAGCCUCCGCUACCCAUCAUCUCCAACAGUAACGUGCUGCUGGUCCAGUUUGUGUCCGACCUCAGUGUGACGUCUGAUGGAUUCCUCGCCCAGUAUACCAGCAUCCCGCGCGGUUCCCAGCCACCUACAGUCGGUUCGGCGGCCGGUACCAGAUCCAUCCCCUCAGAACCUGCGGUCAAACCUCCUGCACGGCCGACUGCCGCCCCCGCCCCCCCGAAACCACAACCUGCUCCUCUGAACCCCACAGAAAGGCCUAGAGUGGUCAAGCCCACGAGGACCCGAGGUCAGGGCACUACAACCCAGGACAGGAGGGUGACCGUCCCGAGGCCAAACGGAGAGAGGCCUGUUCCUCAAAAUCCACUGUGUGCCAAAGCCUGUAAAAGAGACGGAACCAUCAAGAAGAGCUUCUGUUCCAGUGAAUUCGUGAUAACCGGGAAAAUUUCCUCCAUGACUGCCGGGCCCCGAGGCAGUCUAAACAUCAACAUAUCCCUCAUCAAGGCCUACAAGGCAGGACGUUUGACCAUCACACAAGUAGGAGAGACCAUGGCAGUCAAGCUGGUGUCUCAGUGUAAGAAGUGCCCGUUGCUUCGCAGAGGUGGUAACUUCAUCAUCAUGGGCCAGGUGGACGAAGAUGGACGUGGGACCUUGCAGCCCGGUGUUUUCACUGCUCCAUACAAAGCCGCGCACCACAAAUUACUGGCGAAAAUCAACGACCAACCUUGUUAACCUCACACAAAGAAUUAGGGACUACACCAUCACAAACAAAUCCAGACUACACAUUUGACCUAUGGACCUCUCAAAGCAAAAUACCACACAGAAAUGUAAUUCCAUUUGUAUACACAGUUUAAAGGAAUCGUAUUGUUUUAUACUAGCACCUGCCAAACCUUAUGUUUGUAAUUUAUAUAUGAAUAAAGGUUUUAUAUCUCUUUGAAAAGGCCUGACUGCACACCUUUUUGAUAAUAUGAGUGAUGUCUCCACCUUGUGGAUCAGAGGAGUCAAAGCACAAAGUAAUGAGAUGAGGCUUGGUGAUUGGAGUUUGUUUUGUUUUUUUUGGCUGAGCGUAAAGGAGACAAUAUUAAAUAGGAUGCUUACUGAAUAUGAUCAGAACUUAUUUACAGUGAGCUAUGAGGAUACGUUUUACUUCCUCUUCUUUUCCCCCAGGAGGAGCUUGAGAGCUAUACUGGAAUAGUUAAUCAGUUUUUUAGAAAGUUGUUUUUGUGAUAGGUGUCCACAUUGUAUUCCCCUUGGAGUGAGCCAAAUAUUCUCCUACUACUCCUAUAUAUAUAUACAUUUCUACGUAUAGACAUGUGUCACUGAAAACCAUCCACCAAUAAAAAUGUCAGGCAUGCAAAAUAUGUAUCAUAUUACAAAUAUAUUAUGAACAGUUAUUUUUAUUCCACAUGGCCACCCUCAGUGUUCUUGAUGUCUGUAUUUGUCUUCAGUAAAAAACAAACAAAACUAUGUAAUUACAGUAAACUAUAAUACAGUAACAGAGUAUCUAUCAACCUGGUAUGGUU